UACAUACGUCAUAGGAUUCAUGAUUACGGUUAAGCAAUAACUUCACAACACGAUUACGAAAUAACUUCAAAAAUUGCACCACUAAAUGAGUAAAUGUCAAAAUUCAAAAAUUUGUGUUAAUGUUUCUUUUCAAAAUGGCGGCAAACGUCGGCUCGCUUUUGACAGCGGUUUUGCGAUGUUUACGAUCUAGCGCAUUCAGAAAGAAAAAAAAAUUUCAGUUUCGAAAAAUGAACUUUGUGAGAACAACUAGAGUUGGCCAUAAAGAAAAUAUUCUUGCUCUGGAUAUUAAUACCGAUGGAAUAUUAUCAAGUGUUGCUGAGGACGGUCAUUGUAUAUUGUGGUCAACAGACGGCCAGAUUCUCCAUGAUAUAAAUGUCAACAAUGAACAUGGUUUGACCUCAGAUGAAUAUCCUCUAAAUUCUGUCACCUUCAAUCCAUCAGACGGCAACAAGUUCUAUAUUUCAUCAGGAAUGCAAGUUCUGGUAUAUGAUAUGAGAAAAUGUUCAGCAUAUCUUACUAAAUUUGAUUUAAAUGAAGACGAAAUUAACCAACUAUGUGUAAACAGCACAGGGCGAUAUUUGGCCGCUUGUGAUGACCUGGGUGAAAUAAAAGUCAUUGAUAUUCAGGAAUCACGCUUGUUUAAGACAUUAGGCAGGCGUCAUGAUAACAUAUGUUCCUCUGUACAGUUCAGGCAUAAAAAAUCUUGGCAACUUCUGAGUGCAGGACUUGACUGUAAUAUUAUUAAUUGGGAUUUUUCAAGCGGGAAGCCACAGCAAAUAUUUAAUAUGAAUGAUCAUAUAUUGAAACAGACAGAAGGCAACCAAACAUCAUUUAUAAAUCCUCCAUUUGUUCAUUCACUUUCGGUUGCUAAAGAUGGCAAGACAUUUGCAACAGGAUUAGGUAUAAAAUUCAAGUCUAAAAACAUUAUUUUUGAAUAAAUUAAGUUUAACUCAUCAGCACCUAACAUUUCGAUCGCCUUGACAAGUAAAAUCCUGUGGUAUUAAGCCAGAGUCAAACAAGAAUGAGAGUUCACAAGCAAGAGUUUGCUUGAGAGUUUUCUCAACUAUCAUCCUUGUUUGAACACAGGUUUGACUGGGAUCAGCAUAAAAUAGCAAAGCGGUGAGUGGCAUAUGGUAUAAAUAAUUAUAUUAUGGUGCAAGUAUGUUAUAUACAGCAUGUCCAUCUAGCCGGUAUUCACUCAGUUAUAACCAGUAGCUUUAAUUAGUUUGUGGUUACUGUGAUUGUUGCUCAGGUUAAAUCAGAACCAUGAUUUUCAAGACUUUCAAAAUUAUUAAGUAUAAAGCAUCUGUGGUGAGAAAGUAGGUGGCUGAACGAUUAAUUUAACAAAUAUAGGAUAAGUUUUGACAACUUUUCAAGUGUGGUUCAAAUUAGUAGUCAGCUAUGCUUGUUUACUGCAGUAUAAGAAUGGAUAAAAUGUGUCUUUAAAAAAUGCUAAAAUGUCAGGUAGUGAUUGACCGAUAAUCGGCAUCGGGCCAAUUUUUGCCUUAUCGGUAGACAAUCGAAAUCGGUAGAAUUAUCUAUAUUUCCGAUGGUCUAAAACCGAUUGUUGAGAAAAUACGCACAUGAAAAGUUAUAUGCAUUUCACGUUGAUACAUGUUGCGUUUUAACGCAUUAUGUUAACUAUGUGAAACAUGCCAUUUAUUAACGGUUUUAACGAUCUUUGGUUGCAGUAACAUGUUACGUUGGAAAUUAUCGUUAAAAAACGACAUGAUUUGUCAUGAAUGAUGUCACCUUUACUCGGUCGACUGAUAUUAUGACGUUGUUUCUUGCACUUCACUUGGUGUAAUUAAUAUUAGAAUGUUAGGGUUUGUAAUCCAAGUGAGUAUGUAUACAUUUUAGACCUGACCAGGAACGACUGCGAAAAAUGCAGCACAAGGUCCUCUGGUAGGAAUUAAACCUACGGCCCUGCGAUUCCGGUGCAGCGCUCUAACCAACUGAGCUACAGAGGCCAGCUGUUGAGCUGUAACCUAUAUAUACAUGAACUUACGGUUACAGCUCAACAGCUGGCGUUCCUGGUCAGGUCUUAAAAUGUAUAUACACUCACUUGGAUUACAAACCCUAACAUUCUGAUAUUAUGACGUCAUUAUAAAAUCGUUUAACGGCAUAGGUAUCGGGUAGGUUUGUGGCAUGAAUAAUCGGUAAUUUCCGAUUGUUGCACAAUCGGUCAAUCACUAAUGUCAGGACUUUGAUGAAUAUGGGUUAGGAAAAAGCAAAAACAUUUCCAACAAAAGUCUCAUCUUCAUCUUAUUGUAUUUGACAUUGUAGCCUGUUUUCGGUUUUUAGUUUUUAGAUAAUGAAUGCCAAAAAUCACUUCUAUAAGUUUGUUCUCUCUUGCCAAUGGUUAAACGUCAGAAAUUUGAUGAAAAAUGCAGAUUUAGCAGUGCGUAUAGAGUAAUGUUUUAAAUAAAUUAGCCGGCGGAAGCCGGCGGUGAACUUCGUAACACCCCCGGGAGUUCCGGCAGCUGCCGGCUUAUUUUGAAAGCCCUAUGUUUGUUAUAUCAAUUACAUAAAUUAUAUAAUAUAGUUUACUCAGUUUUCCCUUUCUAUAUACUAGGUAAUGGAGAGAUCGGAUUGUUUCAAUUUCAAGGAAAGUUAUCCACAUGCACUGAGAGGUUAAAAUGUCAUGAUUCAGAAGUGAGUCAAGUGUAUUAUUUCAAUUUUGGCAGCACUGAACGAUGUCUGGUGUCUGGUGGAAAUGAUGGCAAGAUUAAUAUUUGGAAAGAAAUUCAGACAGGAAAAAAUGUUAAAUAUGAGUUGUAUCAUAAGAUACUUCAUGACAGUAAAAUAAACUGGAUAACUUGUUCUUCGUUUAAAAAAGAUUGUGUAUUUGUUGCUGAUCAGUAUUCAAAUGUAACUGUUUAUGAAUUAAAGUAA